AUCUUUUUUAUUUCCUUUCAAAUGAGGUAGAAUUCGCCUUCUUCCUCCAGACCCCAAAGGCCCAAAUCAUUAAAUGAUCAAAGGAUUCAAAGCUUCUUUCCUUCCCUUUCCGUCAAGAAAAAUUCCAAAUUUCUCCAUUUGAUUUAUCCAAAUUGUAUAACGCCAUUGGCCAUCUCGUCUCUCGCACUGUGCAACAACGUGAGUCAUAUUAAUGGCGGUCUGUGGAUCUGUUGCUCCUCCUUACUUAUUUAAGUCAAGGGUGCGGCUAUCGGCCCCACGCCGCCUCCCAUCUGUGCCCCUCCCUCCAAUUCAUUACCAUCCCCGGAGAUUACAAAUUCCCCCUUUAUCUGCCAGCAAGGUGUCAUCACCUCUAUCAUUUAAGGAGUUGAUCGAGGCUCUAAUUGACCGUAAGGAUCUAUCUGAAGAAGAGGCCGAGUUCUCUCUUAAUUAUCUUCUGAAGGACAGCAAUGAGGCGCUCAUCAGCGCCUUUUUGGUUCUCCUGAGAGCCAAAGGGGAGGCCUUUGAGGAGAUCGUGGGUCUGGCAAGGGCAAUGUUCAAUUGCUGCCUGAAAGUUGAGGGCUUGGUUAACACCGUUGACAUUGUUGGAACUGGUGGUGAUGGAGCAAACACUGUCAAUAUCUCCACCGGUGCCUCUAUUUUGGCUGCAGCAGCUGGUGCUCGAGUAGCCAAGCAAGGGAAUCGAUCGAGUUCUUCACAAUGUGGAAGUGCUGAUGUGUUGGAGGCGUUGGGUGUCAACAUUGAAUUAGGCCCUGAGGAAGUUAAAAGAUGUGUGGAAGAGGUAGGUGUUGGUUUUAUGAUGGCUCCCAUUUACCACCCUGCAAUGAAGACGGUCAGUCCAGUGAGAAAGAAGCUUAAAGUGAAGACUGUAUUCAAUAUUCUUGGUCCAAUGUUGAAUCCUGCCCGAGUGCCUUUCGCUGUUGUUGGUGUCUAUCAUGAAGAUUUAGUGAUGAAAAUGGCCUUGGCAUUGCAAAGAUUUGGAAUGAGAAGAGCAUUGGUAGUUCAUUCAGAAGGUCUUGAUGAAAUUAGUCCACUUGGAUCUGGUUAUCUCCUUGAUGUUACGCAGGAUAAGAUUGAAAAGUUAAACUUUGAUCCAUUGAAUUUUGGAAUUCCUCGUUGCUCUCUCACUGACCUUAAAGGAGGUGAACCGAAAUACAAUGCAGAUGUUCUUAGGAAUGUACUUGCUGGUGAGAAGGGAUCAGUUGCUGAUGCUCUUGUCUUAAACGCAGCUGCUGCUCUUCUAGUAAGCGGCCUUGCCGACAGCUUUGAAGAUGGUGUUGCACUUGCUCAAGAGACACAUCGAUCCGGGAAAGCCAUAAAUACGCUCGAGUCUUGGAUUAAGCUUUCUAAUGCAAUCAGCUCCUUUGUCUGAAGUUUCUUUAGUAUACCCAGCACAGGAGUUUAUCUUGAAGAUCCCACAGCAGUAAUUCUAUGUUCUUCCCCUUUUAUUCUGUGCAAAGAAUAACAUUCUCAGACACAUUUUAUUCAGUAUUCCACAAUUAACUUUAGAAGAUAUUAGAUAUUUUCAUUGUUGGAUGUGAAGUUAUUUCAAUAAGUGUAAAUUCCUCGUUUUUAUC